AUUCAAUACAUUUUCUAAGUAAAGAUUUCUCUUGUUUAGAUCAUUCAUAGUGUAAAUCUUUCCUGUUGGUUUAAAUUGGGUUUAUAAAUGUGUUGUGGAUUCAUUUGUCAUAUAAUGGAUAUGUUUCAGUGGUUUGCACAAGGGUACCCGGAAGAAGAUUUGGUGGUGAGGCUACCAGGUCAACCAACUGUUGGGUUCAAAACAAUACGCAGGUUAUGUCGAUGUCGAUGUGAAGCUGGUCGGAGUCUGUUCUAUUACUACGUGGAGGCUGUCCAGGUUGUUUCUUCAAUUGGUGGAGGAGCUUUCACUGAGUUAGGUCCAUUUUACCCCACUGGCGAUGGCCGUGGCCUUCGCGUCAACUCCAUGUCUUGGAACAAAGCUUCGAACCUGCUUUUUGUGGAGUCACCCUGCUGGAGUAGGAUGCGAUAUGCUCGUGUUCUUGUUGAGAUGGUUCGACAGUUUCCAAAGUUGAAGUCCCGCGACCUCUUCCUCACUGGCGAAAGCUAUGCAGGACAUUACAUACCUCAACUGGCUGAUGCGAUUCUCAGCUAUAAUUCACGCUCAAGUGGGUUCAAAUUCAACAUUAAAGGCGUUGCAAUCGGGAAUCCACUACUGAAACUUGACAGAGACAGUCCAGCUACGUACGAGUUCUUCUGGUCGCAUGGGAUGAUUUCUGAUGAACUCAAACUCACAAUUACGAGCCUAUGUGACUUUGAUGAUUACACAUUUGCCAGCCCCCAUAACCAAGAGCUGAGGCUCAAGAAAAUGGCUACUAAACUGAGCUUGGGAGUGGAUGUGUGUAUGACCUAUGAAAGACGGUUCUACUUUAACCUUCCAGAGGUACAAAAGGCGCUUCAUGCGAACCGUACUCAUCUACCUUAUGAAUGGUCAAUGUGCAGCGGUCAGUUGAACUACUCUGACAACCGAUGGGAAUAUCGACAUGCUUCCGAUUCUGAAGAGAAUUAUACAGAACAAAACUCCUGUUUGGAUCUUCAGUGGAGAUCAAGAUUCUUUCCCUAUGGAGCCUGGUUCCACAAAAGUCAGGUUGGAGGCUGGGCCAUCGAGUAUGGAAAACUACUGACGUUUGCAACGGUGAGAGGAGCGGCUCAUAUGGUACCAUAUGCGCAGCCCUCACGAGCUCUACAUUUGUUCAGUAGCUUUGUGAGUGGCCGGAGAUUGCCCAACAACACACAUUCUUCUACUGUUGAUGAAAGAGCAGAUUUCUAAGAAAAAUGUAGUUUGUAUUUAAUUUAUCUGUCUCAGGCCUUAGAUAGUAGAGAUAGAAACAUAUAAGGGUUUGUGUUGCGGUUUGGUUGGAUCUUCAAGUGUAGUUUGUUUUAGUUAU